UAUUUCUACUUGCAGGUUGCUGUUAGCUCAAAGUCCAAAUGGUGUGGUAUUAAGCACAGAUGAUUAUUUCUGUCAGAAUGGGGUUUACUGCUUUGAUCCCAAUUACCUUGGAGAAGCUCACGAGUGGAAUCAGAACAGAGCUAAACAGUCAAUGGAUGAAGGCAGGUCACCUAUAAUUAUAGAUAAUACUAAUAUCCAGGCAUGGGAAAUGAAACCAUAUGCGCAAAUGGCUGUGGAACGGUGUUACAGCUUGAGUUUUCGAGAGCCAGAAACCUGGUGGAAGUUUAAUGUUGUGGAGCUGGAAAAGUAAGUGUUUCUUUUCCCCCCUUUUGAAACUUGGAAUUGCUCCCUUGUACUAAAAAAUUCUGAUAUGGCUUCAAAAGAUAUUUCCAUAAGCCAUAUAUGAAGAAGUGCUUGCUCUAAACUAUUGAAUUUAUUGUGUCUGUUCUAGUAUCGCUGUGUGUGCAAUGUUUUAAAGCAAGUAUAUUCCAUUGACCUGGCCAAUCAUGCUGCCAUGUACAUUAGCCAGUUCAGUGAACAGGUUACUUCAGAAAGCUUUUAACUUGUAGCAACCAUCUU